CCCCACCCCCUCCACCCCUGGGCGUCUCCAUUUUGGUCGCGCAGGUUGACACUGGACCACAACCUGCGGAGUAGCGGAGGGGAGUCAGCAGUAUUGUGAGGGCCCAGUCGGCUCACCGUACUUUCUCCCUCCUUUCCUCCGCCCGCAGAAGCCAGGGUCGCCCAUGGCUGGCUUGGAGGUACUGUUCGCGUCGGCGGCGCCGGCCAUCACCUGCGCGCAGGACGCGCUCGUCUGCUUUCUGCACUGGGAGGUGGUCACGCACGGCUACUACGGCUUGGGUGCCGGCGACCAGCCAGGUCCCAAUGAUAAGAAAUCAGAGCUGUUGCCAGUGGAAUGGAACAGUAAUAAAGACCUGUAUGUCCUCCGAUAUGAGUCCAAGGAUGGGUCCAGAAAGCUCCUCGUGAAGGCUGUCACCGUGGAGAACAGCAUGAUCAUCAAUGUGCUGGAACAUGGCUCACAGCAAGUGUCAGAUUUGACCCUGAACUUGAAUGAUUAUAUCGAUUCAGAACAUCUGGUUGACUUCCACAGGGUCUACAAGAACAGCGAGGAGCUUCGGUCUCGCAUUAUCUCUGGGAUUAUUACACCUAUUCAUGAGCAGUGGGAAAAGGCCAAUCUAAGUCCCCACCGGGAGUUUCCCCCUGCCACUGCCAGAGAGGUGGACCCACUCCGGAUUCACCCACAACACCCACACACGAGCCGACAGCCUACCUGGUGUGAUCCCCUGGGCCCGUUUGCUGUCGGGGGAGAGGACCUAGACCCCUUUGGGUGUCGGAGAGGUGGCAUGAUUGUGGAUCCCCUGAGAUCUGGCUUCCCAAGAGCACUUAUUGACCCGUCAUCAGGACUCCCAAACCGGCUUCCUCCAGGUGCUGUGCCCCCAGGAGCACGCUUUGACCCCUUUGGACCUAUUGGGACCAGCCCGUCUGGACCUAACCCAGACCAUCUGCCCCCGCCGGGCUACGAUGACAUGUACCUGUGAAGGCCUCAAGAAUGUAACAUCCCAGCCUUCCCUCCACUCUCCUGGAGCUGCCACCGUGGGCCCCACCAGCACCCAUUUUCUUGUGGGCUGGGGUCAAAGGACUCUGUCCAUGUGUUUGCAGGCCGGCUGGGAUUGCCUUCCCACCCCCUACCAGAGCCAGGGCACCUGCUGCAGUUCUCCACCUGGCUGCAUAUAGGUCCCAAAGAGAAAUCAGUGUGUGUCUCACCACCAGCUCCUCUCCACUUCCCAGGGGAGACUCCGGCAACAUAUGCCCUUGACCUGAUGCAGUAGCUGCAUCGCUAUAAGAACAGAACCCAUUUUUGGAUGUUAUUAUUAAGAACCAAAUGUCAAUACAAAAAUCAUGUUGCCGGUCUCCAACUCUUCUUUACUGCACAGCUCCUUCCAUGUAUGAGACUUGAGAGUUUGAAUCUUUAAGGGGCUAAAGGACUCUCUUAGGCAUCUUCCUUUCAUGAAUUGCUCUCGCUCCUGAUACCACUAAGAUGGUCUGGCUGCAUGGAUGAAAAUGAGUGACUGGAACCCCCAUAAGCCACAGGGAUGACUUCCACAAGGCCAGGCGCGUUGCAGAACAACUACAUCAUUCUGAAAAGGGCAAGACGUUCCAGUUGUGCUUGUCUGAGCCUGUCCUCUGAGUCUGUCUGUGCCUGGGCAAUGGCUGCCUACGAACAGAGGAAUAAACAGAGCAGACCUGAAGGCUAA